UUCGGGGCCUGAAAUUGCCCAUAAUCUUGUGCAAAUCCAUUUUUAAAUAAAAUUCGAAAUUGCUGAAAGUAAUAAGUUAUGCAAUACAUUUUUACGUAGACGUACAAAUGUGCGUUUCAUUUAUGAAGUGAGUGAAGUUAAUUGAGUGACAAGCGAUCAAUCUUAAGAGCAGCAAUGGAUACCGUAUCGGAUAUUGUUUUCGUUAACCGCGACUAUCAGGCCCAAUCGAAGGCCUCCGAUGAGAUCAGUGUUUCCCGCGGUGAUCUGGUCGAACUUAUAACUACAAAAUCUGCAGAAAAGUCAAGAUGCUUUGUACGAAUAUUCGAUAGUGGGGAUAAUCCAAAGGAGGGCUGGGUGCCGAUUGAGAUUCUAGAAUUUAAUCCAACCAUGAGUAGCUCGAAUGGAAAAGAUAAUGGGGAUGCGGAGUUUAGGAAGCAAACAAUUCUUAGAGAGCUGGUGGAAACGGAGGAGGAGUUUUCCAGGGAUUUGCUCCAUGUGGUAGAAAAGUACAUAAAGGGUAUUGACAAGCCGGUAGUGCCCAGAUCUGUGCGGGACAACAAGGAUAUUAUCUUUUGUAAUUUCCUACAAAUAGCUGAGUUUCACAACAAUGUGCUUAAGGAAGGUCUCAAGUGCUACAGUAACCAGACGAACAUGGUGGCCAAAACCUUUCUGCGGUUGGAAAGGGACUUUGACAAGCACGUGGUUUAUUGCCAAAAUGAGCCCUUGGCGCAGGACUACUUGAGCACUAAUCCGGAGGCCAGGAAAUACUUUCAAGAACUUUCAAAACAACUUGGUGACGAUAAAUCUCUGUCAGAACACCUGAAACUCCCCAUCCAGAGAAUAAACGACUAUCAACUUUUGUUCAAGGACUUUAUUAGGUACUCGCUAAGCUUGAAAGAGAACGUUAAAGACUUGGAGAGGGCUCUAGAGUUAAUGCUUAGUGUGCCCAGUAGGGCCUACGACAAUAGAUAUCUUUCUAGCAUCGAGGGCUGUCGGGGUAACAUCUACAAGUUGGGUCGCCUCCUGCUCCACGAGUGGUGCACCGUCGUUGAUAAGGACGGCAAGGCGCACGAUCGCUACUGCUUCCUGUUCAAGUCACGCAUUUUGGUGACCAAGGUCCGUAAGAUAACCGAGAACCGGUCCGUAUUCAUUUUGCAAAACAUCGUAAAGCUGCCGCUGUGCAACAUCGAGCACAAGGCCGACGAGAAGCACAUCCAUUUGAGUCUCAAAGCACCGGACGCCAACUCGAUCCUUCCGCUUAACCUUAAGCCCCACGGCCCGGAGUCCCAUUUGACCUGGUUCAAUGAGAUAUCCAGCCACAUUAAUCAGGACGUAACCCUGCAAGAGCACAAUGCCGAUGACCUGAAGGUCGAUGCCUCUCAAAUCGCGACUGAAAGUGAGCUUCUACUCCACCUUCCGCAACGGGCCGAGGCCCACGAUCCGACUGCGAGUGUUAGGCCCUCGGAUGUGGCCGAGAACUAUUUCCUGAGCAAGGAGACCAAAGAGCGCCUUCAGCUUGAACAGCAGGAACUGCUGAAGCUCGAGCAGGAAGCCAUAGAGCUGUACAAGAAACAGCAGUCCUCGAAGUCCGUUCAGAUCUCUAGCUCCCAGGUGAAGACCAGUUCGGAGGUGCAAAGCAAAGUUGAAGAGGUCAAGAGCGUGGCCAAGCCACCCGAGACAGUUUCAAAGCCCAAAGAAGCUCCCAUCAAGGAAGUUGCUCCUUCGCCACCUAGUGCGCCCACUCCGCCUCCGGCACCUCCCAAAGAGGUGACACCAGCUCCGGCAAAGAAAGUUUCUCCUGUAAAGGAGGCCACCCCCGCUAAGAAGGUUUCUCCGGUUAAAGAAGCUUCUCCGCCUCUGCCACCCAGACAGCCUGAGCCUGUGAUUGCUUCUUCUUCGCCUCCUCUCAAGGAGCCCCCGCCAGCUUCACAUUCCAAGGAAGUCGAAGCUCCAAAGUCGCCCGAAACAGUCGCACCGGUCCAGGUCCAAGAAACCAAACAGACUGUGUCCGUAUCCAAAGAAGUUACCAGCACCGAGUCUAGUCAGUCCAUAAAGCAAGAGGUUGUAGUCGAGGUCGCGGAAGAGACCCUUGAGAUUGGUAAGCAAGCCGAAGAAGUGAAGCAAGCCAGAGAAACGUCACCAUACUCGAUUCCAAAGAUCCAAGUUUACCGUCCCGUAGAUAGCGUUAACACCUCCGGUAACCUUGUGGUAACCAAGCACAAGCCCAUCGAGCUAAAAGACAUUGUCGGCUACAGCGAAUCCCUGGUGGAUAGCGACACCGUGCCGGGGGGUUCGCAGGGCCGAUCGCCGGGGUACACCGCUAACAUAACCGACCACGCUUCACUAACCAUCUGGAACAAUCGCCUGGCCAAUAUCGCCGGCGAUCGCAAUGGGGUUAACCAGCAUUUGCAGCAGUCUGGCCCCCCGCCGCCGCCCAUUCCGCCAAACUUUACGCGCAUGCCCGGCUUCUUCCAGCCGCUUCCCCGCAUCGCUUACGAAACGACCAUCGAGAUACUAAUUGUUAAGGCACGCCCCCCUUCACCGCCCCCGCCCCCGCCGCCGACCAUCAAACGCGUUCUAGUCCAUACUGAGAGUCUAGAGCAGAAGACGCAGAACUUCUUUGAGGGCAUCUACGAUGUGUCCACCUCGGACACAUCGCUGCGCAAUGCCAAGCAGAAGAUGCGCAGCAUUAAAAAUACGGUCCUCAAGUCGAAGGACUCAACCAAUUAUGCCCAGGACACGGUCCAGAAGGCAAAAGCUCGCGAUUUUCUGCACAUUUUCACCCCGCCCGUUAAAAAACGCCCCAUUUACGAGAUCGUUGAGGAGCCGGUUAAUAUUUUUGAGCUCGAAGGCGAUUAUACUGAGUCUAUUGCUGACGAUUUCAGAGAGCCAAGUGCCGAUUUUGAAGCCAGGGGCCAAAGCGUCGGUGGUAUGGAUGAUUAUUAUUCUGGCUAUUCUGGCUACUCCAAACGGCGCUAUGAAAGUAAGACCCGGGACUACGAUAGGGGAACCUCCUACGACAGCACCGUAGAGAGAUCUCAGUAUGGAAUAAGCUCUCGGCGCGAUCGCAGUUCCAUUGACAAGGUCGAAGCCCGUUCAUCGCUUUUGGCCACCGGCCGGACAGAUAGUAGCCGGGCAGCUAGCCGGGCCGAAAGCCGUGCGGAAAGUCGCGCCUCCUACUCGGUUGCCGAAUCUCGUGCCGGAAUCCGGUCGUCGUCCCGCCUUCAAGAGGACAAGCCCCUUCGCUCCGUUGACAAGCCCGUCGUGGUGAAGAUGCUGAAGAGCGUACAAGUGGAGCCUGGAGAGACUGCGCAUUUUGAGAUCCAAUUCAAGGAUCAGCCUGGAUUGGUUACUUGGCUGAAGGACAACAAGCCGCUAGAAGAUCGUUUGGCUGAUCGCAUUACCCAAACUGCAGCUCCAAUGAACUCCUACCGUUUGGACAUUAAGAAUUGCAGCGAGACUGAUGCCGGAACUUACACCAUUCGGGCUCAGUCUGCAUCCGAGACAACAACUGUAUCGGCUCAAUUAGCAGUGGGCCAAGUUGCUGGGCUCGAUGAAACGAAAACCAAUACGGAGCCAGCAUUUUUGGUCAGCCUAAAGGAUGCUGAAAUGAUUGAGAACACGCUGUUCCGAUUUAUGAUCAAGAUUAAGGGUGACCCCAAGCCCAGAGUGAAAUUCUUCAAGGACAACGUGGAAAUCCUGGAGAUCAAUGAUCGCAUUCAGAUCAUCCGGGAGAAGGACUAUCUCGGCUUCUAUGAACUGGUCAUUGCCGACGUCCAGAAGUCGGAUGCUGGAACCUACACCUGCAAGGCCACCAAUAAGUUUGGAGAAGCCACCUGUGAGGCUGUGGCCACCACAGUGGAGGACAAAAAUCCGUUUGGCGCUCUUAGUGGACAAAUCCUACCAGCUGGUGAGAAGCCCGUCUUCUCCUGGAAGCGCAAUGGCGAGGAGUUCGAUCCCGAGGAGCGAUUCAAGGUGCUCUUCGGCGAGGAUGAGGACUCCCUGGCCCUGGUCUUCCAGCACGUAAAGCCCGAGGAUGCCGGCAUCUACACCUGCGUUGCUCAAACCUCUACUGGUAACAUCUCGUGCAGUGCCGAGCUUUCGGUCCAGGGCGCCAUCCAGACCCUGAACCGGGAGCCCGAGAAGCCCACCCUGGUGAUCGAGCACCGCGAGGCCAACGCCAGCAUCGGCGGCUCGGCUAUUUUGGAGCUCCAGUGCAAGGGCUUCCCCAAGCCGGCGGUGCAGUGGAAGCACGACGGUGAGGUCAUCCAGGUGGACGACAGGCACAAGUUCAUGUACGAGGAUGAGCAGAGUAUGUCUCUGGUCAUCAAGAAUGUGAGCACAGCGGAUGCUGGAGAGUACACCAUAGAGGCUAUCAACGAGUUGGGCCAGGAUGAGUCCUCCAUUAAUUUGGUGGUGAAAGCUCCUCCUAAAAUUAAGAAAAUCACGGAUAUUACCUGCUCUGCUGGCGAGACGAUCAGGAUGGAAAUCGAAGUCGAGGGCUUCCCGCAACCCACCGUCCAGGUGACCAACAACGGCAAGGACAUCACCACGGAGAGCAACGUCAAGAUCUCCUCUAGCUCCAUUGGCAAGAGCCUGGAGAAGGUCGUGGUCGAGGUUAAGGAGAUCAAACUGUCGCAGGCGGGCAACUACUCCAUUAAGGCCACCAACGAUCUUAGCCAAACAUCCGAGUACUGGAGCUGUACGGUCAAGUCGAAGCCGGUGAUUGUGAAGCACUUCGAGAGUGAGUACAUCCACGGCGAAAAGGAGAAUGUACAGAUGACGGUGCGCAUCGAUGCCUAUCCGGAGGCCAAUCUGAUUUGGUAUCACGAUGAGACCGAGAUCAAGAUCACCGACUCCAAGUACACGGUGACCAGUGACGGCAACGCCUACACCCUCAAGAUCACGGGAGCCACUCGUGUGGAUGCCGGAAAGUACACGGUCAAAGCCUCCAACGAGCACGGCUCAGCUACAAGCUCAACGGAUCUUCUGAUCAAGUGCACGCCGGAGUUUACCCGGAAACUGAACAACAUCACGGUGACCGAGGGCGACUGCAACGUGGAGCUCGUGGUCGGUGUGGAUGCCUAUCCGCGCCCACACGCCAAGUGGUACAUCGACGGCAUCGAAAUCGACGAGAAGAGAAAUGACUUCCGUCACGUAGAGGAGGGCAAUGACUACAAGCUGAUCCUCAACCAAGCAGCUACCAACAUGCAGGGCACCUACACCUGCAAGCUGAUGAACGACUAUGGCAAGCUUGAGGAUAACUGUGUGGUCACCGUCAACUGCAAACCCAAGGUGAAGCGUGGUCUUAAGAACAUUGAAGUCCAGGAGGGCAAAUCCUUUACCUUGGAAGUCGAAGUCUACAGCGAGCCGGAAGCCAAAAUUAAAUGGUUCAAGGAUGGUCAUGAGAUUCAUGAAGAUGCUCGCAUUAAAAUCUCUCGGGAUACCCAGCGUAUUGAGAACUACUAUCUGACUCUGAACCUGGCCAGGACCGAAGAUGCUGGUACCUACGAGAUGAAGGCCACCAACUUUAUCGGCGAGACGACCUCCACCUGCAAGGUGGCUGUUUUAACUGGCGACUCUUUGUCCCUGGGCCAGACCGUAACUAAAACCACGAUUGCUACGACCGAAGCACCUGAAGAAGGGGCCGUUCCCGAAAUCGUUCAUGUGGAUGUCUUCCAGCAGCACAGCUUCGAGAGUGUUCCUCUCAAGUACGAGGUCAUAGCCACGGGAAUACCCAAGCCGGAGGCCAUUUGGUACCACGAUGGCAAGCCCAUCACUCCCGACAAGCACACUUCCAUUACCGUAGAUGGGGAUCAUUAUAAGCUGGAAGUGGAGUCCUUGGACAUGGUGGAUGCUGGUGAAUAUAAGGUGGUGGUGCAGAACAAGUGUGGCGAGAAGUCCCAUCAGGGAGAGCUGUCCUUGUCGGGUAUUGCCGAGUACCGCAAGCCCAUCCUCACCGCAGGACCUGGACUGAAGGACAUCAAGGUCAACAAGGGCGACAAGGUUUCCGAGCCAGUUACCUUCACUGCCGAUCCUACUCCUGAAAUUGUCCUGCUCAAGGAUGGCCAGCCAGUGAAGGAGAGCAACAACCUGAAGCUGAAAAUUGACAAGAAGGACAUUGAGAACGGCUUGGUUCAGUACACUGCCACUCUGAAUAUCCUCGAAGCCGGCAUUAAGGAUUCCGGACGCUAUGAACUGAAGGUCAAGAACAAGUACGGUGAGCUGGCCACCAGCGGCUGGAUCGAUGUCCUGGCCAAGCCGGAGAUAUCCGGACUGGAUGACCGCAAGUGUCUGCCGGGCGACACCAUUUGCUUCGAGGCUCUGGUGGAGGCCAAUCCCAAGCCCAAGGUGACCUGGACACGGGGCAAUGAGAACCUCUGCAACAACGAGAACUGCGAGGUUAUUGCCGACGUGGACGCCGACAAAUAUCGUCUGGUCUUCCAGGCAGUGUCCCCCACCGAAGAUGGCAAGUACACCAUCACGGCAACCAACAGCGAGGGUCGCUCUACUGUGGACUUUAACCUGAAUGUGUUGGUGGAGAAGCCCACAUUCAUUGUUCAGCCUGAGAGCCAGAGCAUCCAUGACUACAAGCCAGUUUCCACAAAGGUCCUGGUUCAUGGUGUGCCACUGCCAACCAUUGAGUGGUUCAAGGACGACAAGCCCAUCAACUACGAGGCUGUGAACAAGCCCAGCAAAGACAAGCUCUACAGCAAAGAGGACACCAAGAAGGGCUCCGAUCAGAUCGAAAGUGUCUUCGACAUUAAGCACUUCCGGGAGAGCGAUGUGGGAGCUUACACCUGCGUGGCCACCAAUGAGAUUGGCGUCACCAAAGCACCCUUUAAACUGGGAAUGCUGGCCCUUGCUCCCAGCUUUGUCAAGAAACUGGACAAUGCUCUGGAUGUCCUGCAGGGUGAACCUCUGGUCCUGGAGUGCUGUGUGGAUGGCAGUCCCCUGCCCACAGUUCAGUGGCUCAAGGAUGGAGAUGAAGUCAAGCCGAGCGAGGGAGUAAAAAUCUCCACGAGCCCUGAUGGCUUGGUCAAGUUGGAGAUCACCGAUUGCCAGCCCAACGAUUCGGGAGCUUACAAGCUUAUCCUCUCCAAUCCCCAUGGCGAAAAGGUGGCACUGUGUGCUGUGGCCGUUAAACCUGAGGAGAUCCAGCCUAAGUUCAUCAAACCCAUUGCCAGCCAAAAGGUUGUGGUUGGCGAGCCCCUGAAGCUGGAAGCCCAGGUCACUGGUUUCCCUGCUCCCGAGGUCAAGUGGUACAAGGAUGGCAUGCAACUGCGUCCCACCCCGGAGAUCAACUUCAUCAACAAUCCCAAUGGCCAAAUUGGAUUGAGCAUCGAUUCUGCUCAGCCCCAAGAUGCUGGUCUGUACAAGUGUGUGAUUGCCAAUAAGGGCGGUGAAGUGGAGGGUGCCUCCAAGGUGGAAAUCGUGCCCAAGGAAUCGAAACCCGCCUUUGUGGCCGAACUGCAGGAUUCCUCCAGCAUCGAAGGAUUCCCCGUCAAGAUGGACGUCAAGGUGGUUGGUUUCCCCAAACCGAAGCUUCAAUGGUUCCACAACGGGCAUGAAAUCAAGCCCGAUCCCAGCCAUGUAGCCAUUGUGGAGAAUCCGGACAACAGUGUGAGCCUGAUUAUCGAGAAGACAGUUCCCAAUGACUCUGGUCUAUACGAGGUCAUUGCCCAGAACCCCGAGGGUUCCACCGCCUCCAAAGCCAAACUUUACGUGGCUCCCAAGGCUGACGAGACCGCCGCCGAGGAGGCUCCGCAGUUUGUGUCCGCUCUGCGUGAUGUGAAUGCGGAUGAAGGCCAGGAACUGGUGCUGUCCGCUCCGUUUAUUGCCAACCCAAUGCCCGAGGUUAUCUGGUCUAAGGAUGGUGUAACCCUGGCCCCCAGUGAGCGCCUCUUGAUGACCUGCGACGGAAAGCACAUCGGCCUGAGCAUCAAGCCGGCCGAGGCUGCCGAUUCCGGCAAUUACACCUGCCUCCUGGCCAAUCCAUUGGGCGAGGACACCUCCGCCUGCAACGCCAACGUCCGCAAGGUUUACAAGCCUCCGGUGUUCACCCAGAAGAUUUCCGACCAACAACAGGUGUUUGGCAAUAACGCCAAGAUCCCUGUGACAGUAUCCGGUGUUCCCUACCCGGAUCUGGAGUGGUACUUCCAGGACAAGCCCAUUCCCAAGUCGGACAAGUACAGCAUCAAGAACGACGGCGAUCACCACAUGUUGAUUGUCAACGAUUGCCAGAAGGAGGACCAGGGUGUUUACAAGUGCAUAGCCAGCAACAGGGAGGGCAAGGACAUCACCCAGGGACGCCUGGAUAUUGUCAACGAAAUCAAGAAGCAUUCGCGCUCGGAGCCUCCAGUAUUCCUGAAGAAGAUCGGCGACUGCGAUAUCUACGAAGGCAUGGUAGCCAAGUUCACCGCCUGUGCCACUGGCUACCCGGAGCCUGAGGUGGAGUGGUUCAAGAACGACCAGAAGUUGUUCCCCUCGGACCGUUUCCUGAUCGAUGUGGAGCCCAAUGGUCUGCUGAGACUGACCAUCAAAAAUGUGACCGAAUACGACGUGGGUCGCUACUCCUGCCGUAUUUUCAAUCCCUACGGAGAUGAUAUCUGCCAUGCUGAGCUCUUCUAUGACUCUUUGGAUAGCCAGCAGAAGCCUCUGGAGGAUCAAUACACCGACUUCAAGAAGUACAAGAAGUCUGGAGCUCCACCACCAUUGUCGGAGGGUCCUAUUAUCUCCCGCAUGACCGAUAGGGGUUUGCUGUUGUCUUGGAAUCCAUCGGUUCCUCUGACUCCCCGCUAUCCCAUCACUUAUCAGAUCGAAAUGAUGGAUCUGCCAGAUGGCGAAUGGCGUACUUUGAGAACUGGCGUGCGUAGCUGUGCCUGCGAUAUCCGUAACCUGGAACCUUUCAGAGAUUACAGAUUCAGGAUUCGCGUGGAAAACAAAUUUGGUGUGAGCGAUCCUAGUCCCUACACCCAGACCUAUAGGCAAAAACUGGUGCCAGAGCCACCGAAAACUUACACCUACUUGCCGCCAGGCACUGACUUCAGGCCGGAAACGUCUCCUUACUUCCCCAAGGACUUUGAUAUUGAAAGACCACCCCAUGAUGGCCUGGCACAGGCUCCUCAGUUCCUUCUUCGAGAGAACGAUAUAAGCUACGGAGUCAAGGGACACAACACUGAGUUGAUGUGGUUCGUUUAUGGUUAUCCCAAGCCCAAGAUGACCUACUACUUUGAUGAUAUGAUCAUUGAAUCGGGAGGCAGAUUCGAUCAGAGCUACACCCGCAAUGGCCAGGCAACACUCUUUAUCAACAAAAUGCUGGACCGUGAUGUUGGCUGGUAUGAAGCCGUGGCCACCAACGAGCAUGGAGAGGCCAGGCAGAGGGUGAGGCUGGAAAUUGCCGAGCAUCCUAGGUUCCUGAAGCGACCGGACGAGACCUUCAUCAUGGCCCGUAAGAAUGGAAGAAUCGAGGCCAAGCUGGUGGGCAUCCCGCUGCCCGAAGUGCACUGGUACAAGGACUGGAAGCCAAUUGCCGAAUCCUCAAGGAUUAAGAUCAGCUCCUACGACCCGGAUAUUUAUGUGCUCUCCAUUCACGAUUCCAUCAUCAAGGACGGUGGCCUGUAUUCGAUCAGUGCCAGGAACAUUGCCGGCUCCAUUAGCACCUCGGUGACAGUGCACAUUGAGGAGAACGAGGACCAGUACAUCUACAAGACCUACGGAAGGCAUCCGUAUGUGCGCUCCAAGCAGCUGCGCUACCAGGACAAAUACGACAUCGGAGACGAGUUGGGACGCGGCACCCAGGGCAUCACCUACCACGCCGUGGAGCGGGCCACUGGCGACAACUAUGCCGCCAAGAUCAUGUACGGUCGUCCCGAGUUGCGUCCUUUCAUGCUGAACGAGCUGGAAAUGAUGAACAUGUUCAACCACAAGAACCUGAUCCGUCCGUACGACGCCUACGACACCGAUCGCAGUGUCACCCUCAUCAUGGAACUGGCAGCUGGCGGAGAGCUGGUCAGGGAUAAUCUCCUGCGUCGCGACUACUACACAGAGAGGGACAUUGCCCACUACAUCAGGCAGACACUGUGGGGUCUGGAGCACAUGCACGAACUUGGAGUCGGUCACAUGGGUCUUACGAUUAAGGACCUUCUGAUUUCCGUGGUCGGUGGCGAUUACAUUAAGGUCUCCGACUUUGGCUUGGCCCGCAAGAUCAACAAGCAUAAUCUGUCCACCUUGGACUACGGCAUGCCGGAGUUCGUUUCUCCCGAAGUCGUAAACAAGGAGGGAGUUAACUUCUCCCACGACAUGUGGUCCGUGGGCUUGAUUACCUACGUCCUGCUCGGCGGCCACAACCCCUUCCUGGGCAUAGACGACAGGGAAACUCUGACCAAGAUUCGCGAGGGUCGUUGGGACUUCAAGGACGAGAUCUGGACUCAUAUCUCUGACGAUGGCCGCGACUUCAUCAGUCGCUUGCUGCUCUACAGCCCUGAAGAGCGUAUGGAUGUGAAGACGGCUCUGAAGCACCCCUGGUUCUUCAUGCUGGAUCGCCAGAUCACCGACCACGACUACCAGAUCCGCACCGAUCGUCUAAGGAACUACUACGACCACUUCAGGGACUGGUAUGCCAAUGCCUCCUGCAAGAACUACUUCCGCCGGCGUCGCCUCAGCGGCUGCUUCCAGCAUCCCUCCAAGAUGGUCUAUCCUCCGGGUCACGUUUACACUCCGGAGAAUACUCCAGAACCCCUACCAGAGCCAAGGAAGAGGGCCAAGCGCGAAGAGGUCGUAUCGAAGUACUUGCAUCCUGACUACGAGCUGGGUUUGAUUCAAUCGGAGAGUCACUACCAGUACGGACCGGACACUUAUCUCCUGCAAUUGCGGGACGUCAACUUCCCCGUGAGAUUGCGUGAGUACAUGAAGGUGGCUCACCGACGUUCUCCUUCGUUUGCGCUGAACGAUUCCGUGGAUUGGUCUCUUCCUGUGAUCCGCGAGAGACGUCGUUUCACCGACAUCAUGGACGAGGAGAUCGAUGACGAGCGCACCCGCAGCCGCAUCAGCAUGUACGCCGCCAACGACUCCUACUCCAUCCGACGUCUUCGCACUGAGCUGGGACCCCGAUUGGAUGAGUACACCGAGGCAGAGGCUAUGAUCGAGACCCAGCGAGAGGGCUACCCGCCCUUCUUCAGGGAGAAGCCCCAGACGAUCGCCAUCACCGAGAAUCAGCCCAGUCACAUCCACUGCUUUGCUGUGGGCGAUCCCAAGCCGUGUGUGCAGUGGUUCAAGAAUGACAUGGUGCUGUCUGAGAGCAAGAGGAUCAAGAUCUCGGUCGAUGAAGAUGGUCGCUCCAUCCUGCGCUUCGAGCCCGCCCUACACUUUGAUGUGGGAGUCUACAAGGUAGUGGCCCGAAACAAGGUUGGCCAGACUGUGGCCAGAUGCCGCAUUGUGGUGGCCACCCUGCCCGAUGCUCCCGACUCGCCGGAGAUAUCCGCCAACAGUGGCACGGAGAUUCUGCUGCGGUGGAAGCAGCCCCGAGAUGACGGACACUCCACGGUGCUCUGCUACAGCCUCCAGUACAAGCUGAGCAACUGCGAUGCCUGGACCACGGUGGCGGAUAAUAUUGACCACGAAUUCUAUCUAUUGCACGACCUGCAGCCAAACACCAGCUACCAAUUCCGUUUGGCAUCCAGGAACCGCAUCGGCUGGAGCGAGAUGGGCAUCCCGGUGGCCGCCUCGACUGUGGGUGCCGAUGCGCCCAAGAUUCACAUCACCAAGGCCAUGAAGCAUUUACAGCAGCUCACCGAGAACGGGCAGCAGGUGGUGCCCGAAGAGGAACGGGUCCACACCGACUAUCACUGCGAACGGGAGCCCCCCAACUGGGUCACCGACUCCUCCGUAAGCGACAAGUACAGCUUCAUCUCGGAGAUUGCCCGCGGCCAGUUCAGCACCAUCGUGAAGGGCAUCCAGAAGUCCACCGACACCGUGGUGGUGGCCAAGAUUCUGGAGGUGACCGACGAAAACGAGGAUAAUGUCGUGGCCGAGUUCGACAACUUCAAGACACUGCGCCACGAGAGGAUUCCGGCUUUGUUCGCCGCCUACAAGCCCCUCAACGUCCCAAUCGCCAUCUUUGUGAUGGAGAAGCUGCAGGGCGCCGAUGUCCUGACCUACUUCAGCAGCCGCCACGAGUACUCCGAGCAGAUGGUGGCCACCGUGAUCACCCAGCUGCUGGAUGCCCUCCAAUAUCUACACUGGCGCGGCUACUGCCACUUGAACAUCCAGCCCGAUAACGUGGUAAUGGCCUCUGUUCGCUCCAUUCAGGUCAAGCUGGUGGACUUUGGAUCGGCCAAGAAGGUCAACAAGCUGGGCGUGAAGGUCACUCCCUGCGGUUCGCUGGACUUCCAGCCGCCGGAGAUGAUCAACGAUGAGCCGAUCUUCCCGCAGAGUGACAUCUGGUCGGUGGGCGUGCUGACCUACCUGCUCCUGUCCGGAUCCAGUCCAUUCCGCGGCGGCGACGAGUACGAGACCAAGCAGAACAUCUCCUUUGUGCGGUACAGGUUCGAGAAUCUCUUCAAGGAAGUUACCCCAGAAGCCACACGAUUCAUUAUGCUGCUCUUCAAACGUCAUCCCACAAAACGACCAUACACCGAAGAUUGCUUGGAACACAGGUGGCUCAUGUCCUCCGACUACAUGGUCAGGAAACGCGAACGAGCCAUCUUUUUGGGCAGCCGUCUAAAGACGUUCUGCGAUGAAUACCAUGACCUAAAGAACGCCACCGCUACGUCAUCCAAGGUCCUGAACACGGUCGCCGGAGGACCCACUCCCACUCAACUACUUCGAUCGAAUAGCAUCCAAGAGGAACUGCUCACCACAUUUUAGUCAAUUAGCUCCGAAGUAGUGUUAAGCGAGAAUGUUGUUUUUAUUUCUUGUAUAUAUGGAAUAUAAAUAAUUAUACAACAUCCGAAUUCUAUAUAUAUAAAUAUAUUAUCUGGUUAAUUAAAUCGAAAAUCA